UUGUCGGCAGUCUCUCUCCAACCUGUUUAGACACUGCUGGACUGGGAGGUGGACUUUUCACAACCUGCUUAUUUACAAUGCAGAUUGUGGGAUCCUGGAUGAUUUGGUUGUAGUGUCUCUUGGCUAUAAAAUAAGGAAGUCUGAAAGCUAUGGCUGGAGAUUCACAUGCUUCAGGAUACAUAAUGUGACAAGCCAGAAAGGAACAUUCACAGCACAGGAUGUCCAUGUUAACGCCUGUUCUAAGUCCCCCAGAGAUCAAAGCUUACCUGUCUAAGGGGGAACGCUUUAUAAAAUGGGAUGAUGAAACGUCCACAGCAUCUCCAGUUAUCCUGCGGGUUGAUCCAAAAGGUUAUUACUUGUACUGGACUUUUCAAAGCAAGGAAAUUGAAUUCCUCGAACUAACCACCGUCCGAGAUACUCGGUUUGGAAAAUAUGCUAAAAUUCCAAAGAGCCAGAAAUUACGAGAAGUUUUUAACUUGGAUUUCCCUGAAAACAACUUCCUUGCCAAAACUCUAUGUAUUGUCACUGGCCCGGAUAUGGUGGAUCUUACCUUUCAUAACUUUGUAUCCUACAAGGAGAACGUGGGCAAGGCCUGGGCUACUGAUAUCCUGACAGUUGUCAAGAAUCCCCUGCUAUGCAAUGCUUCCCGUUACUCCUUCUAUGAGAAAAUACAUGUGAAGCUUACACUUCAGCUAAAUACAGAGGGAAAGAUUCCUGUACGCAAUAUUUUCCAGCUGUUUCCUGCAGACAGGAAGAGAGUGGAACAAGCUUUAAUCGCUUGUCAUCUAUCGAAGGGGAAAAAUGAUGCCAUCAACCCUGAGGAUUUCCCCGAGUCUGUCUUCAGAACAUUCCUUAUGCAGCUCUGCCCGCGGCCAGAGAUUGAUGAGAUCUUCACCUCCCACCACUCCAAAGCCAAGCCUUAUAUGACUAAAGAUCAUCUCACUAAGUUCAUCAAUCAGAAACUAAGAGAUUCCCGGCUGAAUGAAUUACUGUUCCCGCCUGCAAAGCCAGAACAAGUACAAGUUCUCAUAGAGAAAUAUGAGCCUAGUGCCAUCAACAAACAGAGAGGACAGCUGUCUCCAGAAGGUAUGGUUUGGUUCCUCUGUGGGUCUGAGAACAUCAUUGCGUCACCUGACAAGUUAAAAGUAAACCAAGACAUGAACCAACCAAUUAACCACUACUUUAUCAACUCCUCUCACAACACUUACCUCACAGCUGGUCAGUUUUCUGGGAUCUCAUCUCCUGAAAUGUACAGGCAGACCCUUCUUUCCGGUUGCCGAUGUGUGGAGCUUGACUGCUGGAAGGGAAAGCCCCCUGAGGAAGAACCCAUUAUCACCCAUGGCUUUACCAUGACCACUGAGAUUCUCUUUAAGGAUGUCAUUGAAGCUAUUGCAGAAUCGGCAUUCAAAACGUCUCCUUAUCCAGUGAUCCUGUCCUUUGAGAACCACGUUGACUCUGCAAAGCAACAGGCAAAGAUGGCUGAGUAUUGCAGAACAAUAUUUGGAGAUAUGUUGCUGACAGACGUACUGGAAAAGUAUCCUUUGAAACCUGGACAUCCCGUGCCAAGUCCUAAUGAAUUACUAGGAAAAAUAUUGAUAAAAAACAAAAAGAACCAGGCUUUUUCAUCUGCGGAGAAGAAAGCACAGAGCAGUGACCCCACCAGUGCAGAACAGGCAAAUUCACUAUUACAUGAAAAUUCAGAAAACGAAGUGGAAGAAGAUUCAGGGAAAGAAGCAGAAGGUGAAGAGGUUGUAGAAAAUGUGAAUGAAGAAGAGAUGAAACAGAUGCAAUCAGACGAGGGCACUGCUGGUCUGGAGGCCACAGCUUAUGAAGAGAUGUCAAGUUUGGUCAACUACAUCCAGCCAGUUAAAUUUGACUCAUUUGAAGUGUCAGCACAAAAAAAUCAAAGUUACAUCAUUUCUUCGUUCGUGGAAACUAAGGCCUACGACCUGCUGACCAAGUUCCCUGUACAGUUCGUUGAAUACAAUAAGAGACAGAUGAGUCGGAUUUAUCCUAAGGGCACUAGGAUGGACUCAUCGAACUAUAUGCCUCAAAUGUUCUGGAACGCAGGAUGUCAGAUGGUGGCACUUAACUUCCAAACUAUGGAUUUAGCCAUGCAGCAAAACAUGGCGAUCUUUGAGUUUAACGGCAGCAGUGGAUACAUACUAAAACAUGAAUUUAUGCGCCGGGCUGACAAGCAGUUUGACCCAUUCACAGUUGAUCGGAUUGAUGUAGUUGUGGCCAACAGUCUUUCAAUUACUAUACUCUCCGGGCAGUUCCUAAGUGACAAGAGUGUGAAGACCUACGUAGAAGUGGAGCUAUUUGGGCUGCCUGGAGACCCCAAGCGUAAAUAUAAAACCAAACUGACCUCAACUGCAAACUCUAUUAAUCCUUUAUGGAAGGAAGAGCCAUUCGCGUUUGAAAAGAUUCUCAUGCCAGAAAUGGCUUCUCUAAGAGUUGCAGCAUUUGAGGAAGGAGGGAAAUUUAUUGGUCAUCGGGUCAUUCCCAUUGAUGCCAUCAGAUCAGGUUACCAUCACAUGUGUCUUCGGAGUGAAAGUAACAUGCCACUCACCAUGCCCUCUUUAUUUGUGUAUGUGGAGGCGAAAGACUAUGUGCCAGACACUUGGGCAGAACUCACUAAUGCCCUCUCCAAUCCCAUCAAAGCCUUCAAAGCACACGAGAAGUCAUCACUAAAGAUGAAUAACAAAACAGCAUCUGCUGAAGAGAAAUCCAUCAAUCGUCAGUCAAACGGCAUCUGUGGCUCUGGUAAAAGGUCAAAUUGUUUGAUACAGAAUGGUCCUCCAGGCUCUGUAACAAGUGGAAAAACAGACCCUAUGAAGGAAAGUGCAGAACCAGAAACCACAAACCAGGACGAGUUGCAGAAGCAGAAAAGCUUUAUGAAACUUCAGAAGAAGCAGGAGAAGGAAGUGAAAGAACUGGAACGGAAGGGACAAAAGCGCAAGGAAGAGAUUCUGCAAAAAUACGCCAGCGCCUUCAGUGACCUGUACACACAGACCAACAAGAAGAAAAAUGGCAAGGCUCAGAAAAAGAAGAGUCUGGAGGACGAAUAUGGCGCAGUAUGGGGUACUGGGGAAGUCCCAGGGCAACCGGAUCCAAAGGUGGUGGAGCUGAAAGAGAAGCUGGAGCAGGAGCUGAUACGCAUGGCAGACGAGCAUUAUGAGGGCAUGUGGAAGAAGAAAGAACAACAUUCCAUAGAACAAAUGACCAAACUGCUGGAGUUGGCACAAGAGAGACAGACAAUGGAACUGAAAGUCCUGAAAGAAUCUACUGACAGUGACAAUAAGCAGAUGAAGAAGAAGCUGGAGAUGAAGAGAGUGGAAAGGCUUGAGGCAGUGAGCAAGAAUACGAUGGACAAAGCAGCUCAGGAAAGGUUAAAAAAAGAAAUCAACAACUCACAUAUCCAAGAGGUGGUACAGGUUCUACAGAUGGUAUCUGAUAAGUGGAACAACCAUCAGCAGAAACUAGAGGAAAAACAGUCUGAAGGGUUACAAAGAAUCAGAGAGAAAGGAGAGCAGACUCUAAAAGAUCUGCAGCAAGAAUACCAAGGAAAGUUAAAGAGUGUGGAGCUGGAAAUAUCAGAAUUGGUGCAUGAUUGUAUGGCACCCUGGUUUCCCACCGAGGCCAAAAAGCUUAAAAAAGAGCCGUUACAUUGUACAAAGAGGUGGGAAUUACUUUUCACCAGACAUGACAAAGUAGAAGGUCCAACUGGAGACAGCCAAGCAGGAGAAUCAUGGAUACAGGACAACUCAUCUGCAAAAGAACUGGUUGAUGAGCCUUUACCAAAGGACCUUGCUAGUGAGCCCAUUUCGCAGGAUCCUUCAGCAACAGAGACAUCUACAAAGGAUACAUCACCGAGUAACGUUCCAGCACUUGAGCCAUCUUCUUCAGCUGAAGAGGGAAGCAAAGGUACAGAUGGAGAAAUUCCAUUAGAAGAUAAAUCUACACAUUAAUCUUCCUAUAGUUAUGGAAAAAGCUCCAGAAAGAUCCUGACAACAUGUAUGAUAUCGGCAUGACAGUAAAUCAAUGGCAAUAACUUUUUGGAUUAUUUUAUUGUCCUUCAAGUUGGCCUUUUAACAUGCGAAUGGACAAAGUCUAAAUUAUUUAAGUUUGGUAUUUUAUGGAAACCUAAUAUAUAUACUGUAUAGGAGGUGGGGGUUCUUUAUAUUUAACUGUAGCAGUUUGUGAUUGGUGGUAUGCAGUGUGCUUGUGCAAACCGGGAACACUGUGGUCAACAGGAAACAAAUAUUUGAUUCAAUUUAGUAGGCGUGCUAAAACACACAAGCCUAUGCAUACUGUAAUUAACAAUUCAAUUCAGAAAGCAUUGUUUUCAGGCUGAUGUUACAAUAAAUAUGGUCCAUAUAUGUUUUUAGUG